AAUAUCCCCUGCCCACAUGGCCAUUGUAUGGUUAAUUCACUUGUGAGGGUUAGUUGCCUACUUAAAGACUACUAAAACACGAUGAUGUUGAUGUUUUGAAUUUGAGAUGUGACUGAGUUGAGAAUGAGAUGAGCCGAGCUUUUAUAGCUGAACUGACAACUUUAUAGGAAUAAGGAAUAACAAAUUCACGUAGCAUCGCUCGGGACGUUGUCAAUCUGGAAAACCAGCUGUAAAUGCGAGAUCUCGACCAGAUUCUGGCUAUAUAGUGUUUGGAAAUGAAUACCAAAGAGAAGCAAUGCUUGCAGUCUGUGCAUGACCUGAUUUUGCGAGAUGUACGUGCUUGUGAUGUUCAAGACUACCUCUUUGAGACCAGUGUUCUAAAUUUGGAUGACCUGACUUCAUUAGAAGAGGAGAAAAACCCAAAAAAACAACUAGAGAUGAUACUUAAAUGUGUGAAUGACAGACCUGAUUCUUUUCAACACUUCUCAGAUGCAUUGCGAGACAGACAUCCAUAUAUCCUUCAAGAAAUGGAAAAAGCACAAGUUUCAGCUUUUGGUCACAUUUCUUCUGCUUCUCAGCAGCCUGUUUGUCCCACCAAGAACUAUGAGAUUAUUGGUGAUGGAAACUUUGUUGUUGCUGAGUCCGAAAAUACAAGAGUUCACAUGAAGCGAAGAGAUGUUCCUACUGCAGGCCUCACGGGACCAGAGCCAAGUUGAUAAAGGAUUUUAUGUUUCCAACACCUUUCUGCUCGUUGUCUCACCUGAAGAAAGUUCAUCAGGGUCGCGUGUUACAAAGAGUUGUGAUUGAUCCGAUCAACCUAAACUGUAUGGCAAUCUAUCAUGUAAUAGUUUGUCCUAACAUAAAUGAAACUUUGCAUAAUGUUGUUUUGUAAGCGUAGAGGAGCAUUCUGAAUUGUCAAGAAAAUGGCGAACAUAUGAUUAUAGCUACAUCAUAAUAUCUAGAAAAAAAAUAGAGCAAACGUAUGAUUACAGCUACAUCACAUCUAGAAAUUUUUUGUUAGCAAACGUGCACUUUAUCUGUUGAUGUGGCUGUCUGUCCAUAGUUGGGAACGAUCAGAUCAAUCACAAAUCCUUGUGAGACGGGGCCAUGGAGUAACUUCUCAAUCAUCUGCAGCCAAGUUAUGGAGCCGGAUAGCUAUGAUACUGAACACCGUUCCAUGCUUCGUCUGCUGGCCAGUUGUAGGAUUUCGGUUGGAGGACAUUCCUCACCUUGCCCAUUGUGAGGUAAAAUGUGGUUCAAUAUUCAAUGAGUGGUUUAACAGCAGCAUCAUUUGUGUAUGUGCCAGGAUUUCUAACUGCAAGGACAGAAACCUAUAUCAGAGUGUCUAAGAACAGGUUUCAGUCAUCCGUAAAGUUGUGCGUAACUUUAUGAACAGCUUUAUGAAACACCACCCUGGUAACUUUGCCCCAUAUCUUUUGGGACUGCAGAUAUCUAUUUGACUUAAAAGUUAUGCAUUAAUAUUAAUAAUAUAUAGCAUUUAUGAGGCGCCGAUCUAUCUAGUUGCCUAUUCAGUGGCGCACUAUAUAUU